AUGGGUGAUUUGGAAGACCCAGAAACGGAACACAGUCGAUACAAUCGUGAACUAAAUAAUAUUAUUAUGUACUAUGAUAAAACAACUGAAAUCGGAAAGAUGGCCCUAAAGUGGAAAGAAGAUUUUAAGGCGAGUAUUCAAAAAAUUAGUGGAGGUCAAGUUACGGACUAUUAUUGGGAAGAGGAUGAUGCCGAAUCCAUUCAUAUUAAUAUAGGUAUUGAGGAUCUUAACGAGGAGAUAAAUUCUUUGAACACUGAAGAGACAGAAAUUCGGAAUGCCUUACUUGCAGUUCUCGAUAAAUCCAAAUCCAAAGAUAGUGAAUUGGGGAAAACAGUCAUGAAUUCAAAUUUAAUGAACGGGAUCGUUGAUUUGACGGAUGCAGAUACGAAGAAACAAAUCCGAUCAAUACUAGAUGAUGAACAGAGAUUAUGGCUCGAGUAUGGAUUGAAAAAGCAAGUUUGGACCGUAACACCCGAAUUUGAAGCCUACUGUGGUCAAUUUACCGAAGACACAUGUAAUCGUCGCCAGGUACCUAAUUUGGUACGAAAAACCUUUGUAGCAGGGCGUUUUGAUCCCUUCUUCCACGAAGUGAAUAGUUCGGUACGCCUGGAAGCCCCAAACAGCUCAGAGUCGAAAGCAUCUGAUCUCGAAAGAACAUUUGCAAUUGAUACGAUUGUAUAUAUUAUGAACAGGCUAUUUAAAAUGCAUCAGGAUGUUCUGGAUCUUGUUUGGGUGGAAAUAAUCACUGCAAACACCAAGACUUGCAAGUUUGAUGGUGUUGUGAGAAGUCUUCAAGUGGAAAAGAAAAAUCCCCAAACAAUAGGAAUCGUCGAGUUCUCAAGAGGGAAAAAGGCCUCCAAAACAAAAGAUAUUGACGACCAAGUAAAGCUUGGCCGUAAUGCGGUACGAGCAUUAAAUAAACUGCUUGAAAAAGUUCCUUGCAGAAAAGCGCGUGUAUACACGAUUCAAUGUGUGAAUGGACGAAUUCAUAUAAGAUAUAUGGUUCGACCCCUUCCGUCAAUCUACUUGUAUGAUGAAUUUGCGUGCAUCAAACUCCCUAGAACAUUCGAUGAUAUGGAACAAUUCUCCAUGGACAUUGCAAUUCUCAUGGAUUUUCAGACAGACGUAUUAAAGACGGUCAAGUCCGUGAACAAAAGCAUUGGAAUCGAAAAAGUGUACAAAUCUGAAAUUCAACCUACACCGAAAAAGCAAAAGAAGACUUCACAAAAAGACCCUAAAGAU